AUGUUCGGUAAGGUCCCCGCGGCACGUUGGCCCCUCCCUAUUUUCCUCUCUCGCUCUCUCGUUAUCUCUCUCUUGCUUUCUUCUGCUGCUCCUUUCUAUCUCUCUCUCUCUCUCUCUCUCUCUCUCUCUCUCUCUCCCUCUCUCUCUCUCUCUCUCUCUCCCUCUUUCUCCUCAUCCCAAAGCACCACCUUGCCUGGACAGCACCCUGCGCCUGCACGGCGAGAUGACUUGACAUUGGAUUCCCUGAGCAAGCCCGGCAGGCCCUAUCCCACCGAGAGUUCUGCCGCCGUCCCAACCCCGACUGCCCUGCCAACCAAUACAGAAGAUCGCAUCCUCCGCCGUGAUCUGCGCGACCUGGAAGACCGCUUCGAAAGCUUUAUGGUCGCCACCAACGCGGAGCUACAUCAUCUGCGGCAGUCCCUUAAGCGGGAAGAGGAAGCUCGCACGCAACUCGAGAGAGAAUUGGCCGAGGUGCACGAACUGUACGCUGAGCAGGCCAUCCUGCUCAAGAAGCACUCGAACCAAGCCCACAUUAGCGCGGAGCAACAGAAUGGCCAUGCCACACCCAGAUCCAGCACCCCAGAACGUAUUGCCCACCAUCUCGAUCUGGCCCGACGCCCCGGCGAAUAUUUUGGUUUGAGUGUGGGAGAAGACGCGGCCAGUCACGGCGAAGCCCUGGUCAUCACAGCCCUCGAGCCGAACUCGGUGGCCGCCGAUGCACGGCUAUGCGUGGGAGAUCGUAUUCUAGCGAUCAACGGAUCUGCUUGUCGCGCCAUGUCCCUGGCACAGGCCCGGGAAAUGAUCAACCAUGGCGGCGACCUCCUCUCGCUGCAAAUUCACCAGCGCUUCCUGACCCCGUCCGACGCUAGUGAUGCUGCCAGCCCUCGCUUUCAGACGCCAGAGCCCUCGGAUCAGGACCAAGACCCCAACCGCAAAGUCCACUUUGCGCGCAACAUCAACCGCAAGUACUUUGCCGAUGGCGAGAGCGUGGCUGGCUUGCGACAGGAGCAUGAGUUUGUGUCUCCCAUGCGCAACCACGUUGCGGGCCAUCGCGCUGGCCCGGCAGAUGGUCGCUCACACGUCAUUGCCCCAGCCUAUUCCGUGCCCAUGCCCACGAGCAUGGACAGCUUCUUGGGCGUCCAACCGCUUGAAUCGGCCAAACAGUACGUGCACGAACGCGAUGCUUCAGAGCGCUUUAGCACUGCCACCGACGACGAUGAGGGUGAUACUAGUCAUGACAGUUUUGCCCAAGAUUCAACUAUCCACGAUGACCGACACUUUCAGGAGCUUCAAGAAGAGUAUGCUGCGUACAACCUCUUCACCGUCGUCCUCUCUAAGGAGUCUCACGAGGCCGGCUAUGGUCUGGCCAUUUCGGAAGACGUUCGGUCUGAUGGCAUGCGCGUGACCAAGGUUCGGCCCGACUCGGCUGCGGAUCGCGCCGGCCUGGAGGAGGGCGACCAGAUUUUAUACAUUGCUGGUGAAGACAUUCGCUGCCUUCCCUGCGAAGACGUCGUGCCCAAGCUCAAGACACCGGUCUCGCAGCUUGAUUUGAUUGUAGCGCGGGCCUUGGGUGAAGUCCAUACUUGCAUUUGA